CUCUCUCUCUCACAGAGGCAAGCUGAAGAGCACAGCAAAUUCACAUUUUUCGGUAAACAUCUCCAAUGGAAGUGGAAUCCUGUGUCCCACCAGGUUUUAGGUUCCACCCAACAGAAGAAGAGCUUGUGGGUUACUAUCUCAAGAGAAAAGUGAACUCCCAGAAGAUUGAUAUAGAUGUCAUCACUGAAAUUGAUCUCUACAGAAUAGAGCCAUGGGACAUCCAAGAUAGAUGCAAGCUAGGUUAUGAGGAAAAGAAUGAGUGGUACUUCUUCAGUCACAAAGACAAGAAAUACCCAACCGGAACAAGGACUAAUAGAGCAACGGCAGCCGGAUUCUGGAAAGCAACAGGGAGAGACAAGGCAGUGCUCUGUAAGAACAGAAUUAUAGGGAUGAGAAAGACCUUAGUGUACUACAGAGGCCGUGCACCCAAUGGGAAAAAAACUGACUGGAUCAUGCAUGAAUAUCGGCUCCAAACAUCUGAGCAUGGACCCCUUCAGGAAGAAGGAUGGGCCGUGUGUCGAGCAUUCAAGAAACAAAUUCCAAGUCAUUCACAGGGUUUUCAGAUGAUUAAUCGCGCUUAUUAUGGAAGAGAUCAUGACCACAUUGGUAUUCAAGCAUUUGCAGAUAAUAGAAGUCAUAUGCAAGUAAUUAACCAUUAUCAAGGAACCACAAAUUUUCCUCAUGGACCUGUUUGCUUUGAGCAAGAACUUUUAUCCAAGAAUGCUUGUGUAGAUAAUCAACUCUUUGAUCUUCCACAACUAGAGAGCCCUACACUGUCUACCAGUUUAGUUAAUAGAGAAGGUAUUGAGCCUAGUGGUACAUCAAAGGAGGAUUACAAUGAAGGAGAGUUUGUAGAUUGGAGAACUCUGCAUAAGCUUCUGGCAUCACAACAAGGUUAUGAAAAUCAAGAAAAUGAUCUCCUUGGUAUCUUUCAUAACUUGUAA